CAAGUAAUUUCUAAUUAUUUUCUAAUUAUUACAGAUUGAAACUAGUGAUGGGAGAGAAAAAUUGGAAAGACUGGAGACCUUUCAUAUAUGGGGGUUUAGCUUCCAUUGUUGCAGAACUUUGUACUUUUCCUUUAGAUACAACUAAGACACGUUUGCAAGUACAAGGCCAAAAGUAUGAUCAAAAACUUGCACGUUUAAGAUAUUCCGGUAUGACAGAUGCUUUAUUACAAAUAUCCAAGCAAGAAGGAAUGAAAGGUUUAUAUUCUGGGAUUAGUUCUGCAAUUUUACGACAAGCGACAUAUGGAACGAUAAAAUUUGGCACUUAUUAUUCUCUUAAGAAAGCUGCAAUUGAUACCUGGGCAAUGGGUGACUUAGUCACGAUAAAUAUUGUUUGCGCAGCAUUAGCUGGAGCUAUUUCAAGUGCAAUUGCCAAUCCUACUGACGUGGUAAAAGUUCGUAUGCAAGUCACUGGCAGUGAUACAAAUAUAUCGCUAUUUACUUGUUUCCAAGAUGUAUACAAACAUGAAGGUAUCCGUGGACUUUGGAGGGGUGUUGGGCCAACUGCUCAACGAGCAGCUGUUAUCGCUGCUGUAGAAUUACCUAUAUAUGACUAUACCAAGAAUAAAUGUAUGAGCGUAUUGGGAAACAGCGUUAGUAAUCAUUUUAUAUCGAGUUUUGCAGCUAGUAUGGGAAGUGCUGUAGCUUCAACACCUAUAGAUGUUAUUCGCACACGAUUGAUGAAUCAAAGGAGAGUGCACAUCCCGGGCAAUAAGCUCUCGUCACACAUUUACAGUGGCAGUAUAGAUUGCUUACUUCAGACGAUUAAAUAUGAAGGAGUUUUAGCACUGUACAAAGGUUUCGUCCCGACGUGGUUUAGAAUGGGACCAUGGAAUAUUAUAUUUUUUAUUACUUACGAGCAAUUAAAACGUUUUUGAUGUAUCAUCAAAUAUAUCGAAAUAUUCGGAUUUUUCGUAAAAAAUUUGAAAACAGGUUUUAAUGUAAACAUUGUUGUGCAUAUGUUUACAAUCUCACUUGUAAUCUCACAAUCAGUCAUUUAUUGUCAGUAUAAUUUAAGCGUGAAAGUAAUGUGUUAAUUAAUUAUUUUAAUGCAAAUAUAAAAUAAGUAAUACAAAUACUUACUUAAAGUAUACAAACAAAUUAGAAUACUUUUCAACCUUCUCUAUUGAUAUAUUAUAAUUAAUAUAUUUUGUAGUGAAAUAGAUAUAUACAUAUGAGAAAAAAGUAAUUGGAAAAGUCCAAGAGCUUCCGAAAGUACAAGCUUCCAAAAAUCUUGGUAAAUUAUUAUAUGGAAAAAACAUCUUUAUAGAAUUUAUUAUAAAAUUUAUUCUCUUAGUGUUAUUUACAAAUAGUAUUCUUCUAUAUUUCAAAAUUUUCAUAUAUCAUAAAUUCGAGUCUAUACUCAAUAAGAACUCUUUAAAAAAAAGUAUAUUAAUGAAUAUUGGUAAUCCACAUUAAAUUGCUCCAUAUAAAAACAAAAGUUUAAAAUUUCAGAUAGUUUAAAAUAUCACAAUAUUUUCUACAA